AUGGAAAAAAAUUUAUACCGCCCAACCUCCACCACUAGCCCCAUCAACCUCGCCACCACCAUAACCACCAUCACAUGCAUGAAAACAUUCUCCAUCCUCUCGAUUUUCAUCCGGUCCUAUUCUCAUAAUAACCCUCUGCCACCGCCUUUUCGACCCCAUCAAUCGCAUAUCCUUCUCUCCACCACCGCUACGUCAGCCACUAUAUCGCUGUUUGGCGCACCCUCAUCUCCCUUCUCCGUGCAAUUUCGCUCCACACAGAUUUCGUUAUUACGAAAUCGUUUCACCACCGAAACCCUAUCCGCAUCACGGUCACCUUCUUCUUACUCCACCAUCGUUGUCGGAGAUAUGGAAUAA